ACUGGAUUCUGACCUAAUUAGUGUUGAGAGUAUUAAUGGGCGAGUGAGUGGGUGUGCGAGCGCGUGGUGGGUGUGAUGUGUGUUGCACGGGGUGUUUGCAGGGCCCCUCACUCACCUGUCUCGUUAAGCACUGCCAGGUACGCCCUCUCAUGAAGGUAUUUCUCUCUCCAGACAUAAGAUAUAAUUCCUUCGUUUUCUGCUCCCCUCCUCACUCCACUUUCUGGAUAACUUAACUAUAGGGAUUAUUCACAAUAUAUUCGCAACCUCCUUCCCGGCCCUCUCUUUUCUCUUGGUUUUAUAAUUACGAAAGGAACUAAUUGCAUGUCUGAGGAAAGGUCAAAUGGUGAACUAUUAACAUCGGACGUAAUUUAUGUAGGGAUUUUGACCAAUCUAUUCGUCUAGUAAAUCAUUUGUUGUGUGUGUGAUCAAGACUACUUUGAGGUGAACAACCUCUCGCAGUUUUCCUAUUCCUCUUCGCCUCUUCUCCCUCUACCCACCACUUUUAUUGUCAUCAUUUUAUAUUUCGUAUCUCUUUCUUGCUGUCCAGAUGACAUUUGACUGACCUCCACAACGUAACACUUUCUCGUCUUUCUCGAGAGGCUAUCAGUGUCUUAUCAACAGCAGCCUUCACUUGUAUAGUCGUAAAAAGUCAGAACACGUGUUAGAGUUCACUAAUUUAUUUACAAUUUUCGUUCGACUCAGGUUUUCACAUAUUCCUAGAUCGUAUGUUUAGUCGAAGAGGUCGUUGCAAGUUUAUGCUGCUGUGGCCAACGUGUCCAUUCCCAGAACUGCAAGGGCAAAUCAAUGCAUGGCUUCCGCCGAGUGAGGGCCAUUUGCUGCCUGCUGCCGUGCCGCGUUACUGCUGCUUGUUGCCGCCCUCUGGACUGACGACCCGCCUUGUUGAAUUCCAACGUCAGUGGUGAUGAGUUGUUUUGUGACCACGCGUGUUGCCGUGUUAUAACAACCAGCUGAAUCAUUCAUGUGAGUUGUAAUUUCGAAAAAGAAAGAAAAAAAAAACUGAAGUGCAUCGGAGUAGAAGGUCGGGUGCGCCACGGUGAGCGGAAAGGGCGGUAGUAGAUUAUGAGACUUGUGACUGUGUUCAUUAUGCGAACAUGAUGGUGAUAUUGGCGAACGUUGUGUUACGCGACAGACAGAUGUCACGCCGUGAAACGUAGCGCGUGACUACAAGACGCCACCGUACUACGCCCACGCGGCCUCCGAUGGGCGGAAAUCAGGUGAAGGCCGCGACACGUUCCCCUCUGCUGCACGUGGAAUCUGUCACGCUUACCUCAGAAGAAAACCACGAGCGGCGAUUCCGGAAGAAGCUUCCCCGCCGGCUGGGCUCUAUGCUCCUGGCCGAUUGGGUGCGGCUGAAGAGAAGAGAACUCGAAGUUAUAACGAAGGGCAAGGUGGUUCUGGAUGAGGGUAGAGCCCCUCCAGAGAUAGUGCAAGAGCUGGAAAUGUACAUGAAGUCUGCUUCCAAGAAGAUACACAUUAAGUAUCACCCGAAGAUCGCACCCAAGCCAAAGAAUCGUUUCCGUCUCACGGGUCCCCGGCUCACCCAGACUGCAGCCCGGCGGAUACAGGACGCAUACAACAGGCGGGAAAAGGAACAGCAGCAGCAGCAGAAGCGGGAGAGACUAGCACAAAAACGAGAAAAGUCCCGGCUGAGUGUCAGGUCACAAGGGUGGACAGAGCAAGGCACCUCGAGAUCUUCCAAACGAACACGCACGGGGAGGCUGAGUCAAGAGGAGCAGAAACGAGCAUCUUCCUUGCCCCCCACCAGCACCCUCAGUCUGCAGUCCAUCACCACCGCAGAGUCUUCAGGCAUUGGGAUGUCCCGCGCCUCCUCCCUCACGUCAGUGGCCAGCAUAAGGCACAAAAAGACCUUCUUCUCGAGGCAGCGGGGACAGAGCUCCGACACUGACGACACCGGGGGACAGAACCUCCGGUUAGCGAAACAGCGAAGCGGCAGGAGGGCGUCCCCCCUGAUGGUGAAACACAACUCCCCGAGUGGCCACAAUCCAACACCAGAACGCGGGGCUGCAGCCAAACAGAGGUGGACAGUUGCUUUGCGACAGUCAUUCCAACAAGUUAUGCAGCAGAAAGAACGCAAGCAAACGGGCUCCACAAAAACCAGGCAAGCCAACAUGCAGCAGAAGACGACAAAGAGAAAGGAAAAUCUUGAGCCUCAAAGGAGUCACUCUGGAAACCUGGAUAUGAAGCAGGUGACAUCAGUCAAUCAUCAGGAGGUAGAGAGACACCAGGAAAAGCUCAAGAAGGAUGGAGAGGUGACGCUUCAGGUGCCAGAUACCAUGCAUCGAGCGUCUCCCUCAUCACUAGGAAGCGCAUCAUCAGAUAAAAAGGAACAAGGAUCCCAAACAAGGCUAUCCGGUCCUCCUAAACCCCGACGCCUGCUGCUCCUUCGGCCUGGAAAAAACAAAGUCAAGCAGGAGGAUCAACAGAAAUCUCCUGUUCAGCAAAAAGCUGGAUGCAGUGUUUUCCCAAACAAAAUCAAUCCCAAAGAAAAAUGGAAGCGUUUACUUCGAAUGAAUAAGAAAGAUACAGCAGACAAAGAACAUGAAGAGCAGAAAGGUUCCAUAACUUCGAAUAACUACCAGGUGAGGGGUCAGCGUCUUCAGUCCUCCCCAAAUGUCCGGCGUCGGGCAUCUGUAGACGUGAAUAUGCAACGAAGCAGUGGACAGCGACGCCACAGUCAACCCAUGACAGGCCUUGCCAGUGAGGCAGAGAACCCUGAAAGCAUUAGUCCUGCAGAUCCUCAACACUUCGCAGGAACUGAAAGAAUAAUCCGGGUGAGUCGCCAUCCUUCUCCAAACGAUGGUGGCGAGGUGAUCAUAGAGCAACAGAUGGUGCGCAGAGUUGUACCCCAGCAGUCCACCACCUAUGAAGGAGAGUACUGUCGAUCAGAUAAAAGAUACGAACUGACCGAAGAACAACAUAUUCAAAGUCAAGGAGAGAACACACUUGUAGUAAGUUCAUCUGAUGUUGGAUACAACGAACCGAUCAUGAGUCAUGGGGGCUCCAGGCGGUCUUCAGGCGAACGAAACAUGGAGUCUGACGGUAACCAAGGAAGAUUUUCAGAAUCUCAACUCCCAAGUGACGAUCAGUCAGCAGGUUUUUCUGGGCGAGGAGUAACCACACAAUCUAGCCGGACCGUUGAGGAAAUAAACUUCAACCCUGAGGAGCAAAUGGCAGUGCGUCCUUUGGGGAUGGUGGACCAAGGCCGUACUGUCGAAUCACAAGGCUCUAGGCGGCCAGGAAGUUUUGCAGGGCGUGGGCAAGACCUAAUCCACGACCGAGGAAGAAUGUCAGCGAUAUCGUUGGAUCACGGAAUUGUUCAGGCACCAUUAGAAGCUAGACUCAUUACGGAGCGUGGCAGCCCAGACAGGCUUCGGCAGCGGGAUUCCCUCAUAGAUUAUGGCCGUAAUGAGCACCCAGUUGAGAUCCUGCAUGGUGAAGCUCCCAUAAGAGCAACGGAAAGCAUCCAUCGUGGGAGCAUUGUUGAGCGUGUCGCCCGCGACUCCUCCACAGAAAGGAUGCACCAAAACGCACUUGUUGAGCGAGGUCGCCGUGAAUCCCUUGUAGAGUAUCCAAGAAUUGAGGGUUCAAUUGAUCGUGUGCGUCCUGAUGUGUUGGGGCGAGGUGCAGCACUUUCUGAACGAAAUGGUGACCGGAUACUGCCAAGGGUAACCCAAGACAGAGGAUACAUCCCAUCACGCAUUGAUCGUGGGUACUCCUAUGAACCUCAAGAUGAGAGGCGUGGCAGACAGUAUCAGGAGCGCAGGUACACUGUUGGUACAGUAGAGCCAAGUUAUCUUGCGGGAUUUACUGAAAGGCAAAUUAUUGGGAGGUUAUCAGAACCUGACAGCAGCAGAAUAUACUCAGGUCGGAUACCCUAUAGUAGAGCCUUAGAUUCAGAUCCUGUCAGGAGUAGAUCUAUUGACUAUGAGUUCUCGAAACCAUAUUCGGAGAGUGAUUAUCCAGGCAGAUUUGUAGAUCAUGAGCCUGCCAAAAUAUAUGCUGAACGGUUAGUGGCUGCAGGGAGGCUAAGGAACACGGAAGACUAUGACUUGAGGGAGCGAGGUGGACGCUAUAGAGACGCGGUCAUCACCCAGCAUUCCGUUGCCUCUGCUCCACUAGUUGACCACAGGUCUUUAUGACGGUUAGUUCACAAGUGGCACUCCGGCUAUGGCAGAUAUGUGGUCCUCUUUAGCAGCAGGUGACGGGGUGCCGAGGACGCGGCUAAACCUGCUGAGAAUAGCAAAGACCAAGAGAUAACACCACUUUCCGUGUGACUUGUCUUGGAUCUGCUGUGAAUUGCCGCGUUCUUGUCUCGUACUACGAAGAAUUGACUUGAAGAUCAACGUCGUUCCUUGAAACGGGAUAAUAGUGUUGUUAGGCUGGCUUUACUGAAAAAAGCUCCAAGCAGUAGCAACUUAAGCAGAGAAUGAUGUAAUUGGCCCAGGCUCCUCAUUGUUAUAUAAAAGUCUUAUUUAUAUAUCAAAUGAAAUAUGAAGGGGUCCUCAUCCCACCAGUGCACAGUUCGCCAUUGCCUCUCGGGAACCCAGGAAUAAACUUUGCGACCAGCUAAGGGUGCUGUAAUGAUCAUAUGUACAGAUUAAAAUUACAAUGUUUAUAGUUCACUUUUGAAGUUUUUGUAAAUCGUUUAUUUAUUUUUCGACUUAGUGAGACUGUAUAUUCUAAUGCAGAAGAAAAAUGUAUAUUCUAAUGUGAAAGAAAUAUGUAUAUUCUAAUAUAGAGGAAAAUGAAGCUGUGAAUAGGUCACCUGUACAAUGCCGCCUCUGAACCGUGAGGGGACUGAUUUGUACAAAGGACCCGUCGCACCCCACUUUGAGACAGCUAUCUUUGCCAUCCUCUUGCAAGCACGCCACUCAAUUCAGUGCACCGAACAUUUUAUGCAUUAUGACCUAGAUUCAUUAUUUUGUUUGUAUGUUCUACGUGUUUUUGCCGUCAUUUGAUCAGCCCUAGAAAGCCGAAUCUUGAUGUGUUGUGCCGAAAUUAGGAUGUAAAUAUCGAAUAAAAUUCCUUAUUGUCUGCCUACGCAGCCACAACAAGGCUCA